UGUGCCUCAGUUGUGGAUCGGCCAGAUGUGAUAGGUUCAAUGAAUCGUGUCCACAGAAACAAUUGAACUAGUUAAAGUUGUGUUCGUUUCCUAUAAGUGGACGUAGCUUUAUUGUUGGAUUUUAUUGAUUUUUUUUUCGCAGUUGGUGUUCGCCUUUUAAAAAGUGUUUUAUCGCUCUUGUGUUUUUCGGAGUCUUCCUGGUCCUUUUGGAUGCUGCGUGAAUCGGUGAAUGGAAUUCCAUUCAUGCUGGUUUACAAUACAACUUCGUUCGGAGAUGGUCAAUAUUGGACGUCGUUCUUGAAUUGGCAAAGUGGAUGAUAAUGGUGGAAGAUAAAAUACACCUCCUAGAAACUCAAGAAGACUCAUUGAUGGCUCCUUCAAUUAAAUACCGUGAAGCUCAUUCGAAAUGGCGAUACGAUCUUCAAUGAAAACAGAUGACUAUCGGCAAAACAUCGAAAAUUCGAGACACAAAUUCCUAGAUGACCUUUGCGGGGGUGUCGUGAGGGAAGAAAAGCAAAGUAGACAAAAUGAAACGAUUAAAAAAAAACAAUUCCGUAAAAUCAGUUUCAAAGUGCGAAAAGCAUCGUCGAUAUACCGCAAAAACCCCGUUUCGAACAUUCAAAAAACAACAAUAACAACAACAACAGUAUCAGAACUGACAUCGAAAUUCAACGAAAUCAUUGAAAAAAACAAUGCUCCAAAGGAAGAACUGAAAAUUCGGAAAUUUGUAGAAAGAUUGAAUAGUUUUAAUAGCAGCGUGAAUAAGAAAACUAUGAAGAAUACAAAUCAAAAUAGUACAAACGAACAAAGGAUGAAAGAACUGCGUAAACCUAGUAUUAAGAAGAAACCGAUUUUAGAUGAAAAAAUAAAAAUCCAACCUGUCAAAAAACAAUCUUCAUUUAGAACACCGCCCAAAAGAAACGAAAAUAUGGAUAAUGGUGAAACAGAAGGGAAGAUGGAAGAAGAUGGAAAACUUACAAACACUGGGUUCGUCAAGGCAGCAAUAAAAAAUUUCGAGGAAAAAAAUUUUAAACCUUUUGCCCCAAAAAGAAGCAUGACAGAAUUGCAUCGAAUAGGUCUGAAAAACAUAUCUGAAAUUGAAACCAAUAGAAGAAAGAGUUGUGAACCUUACUUUAUGGUUUCAAGUACUCUAAAGAUAUACGAAGAUAAGACAGAUGUUGUAGAUUCUACUUAUAAUUGUGAAACCACAAACGUACAAACUCCUAAAAGUAAACCACAGUCUCCCAACCUGACGAAAGUUGAAAAACCAUAUUAUGCUUGGAGGAAUUCCAACACCACCAAAUCUUUAGUGACAACCGAAAAUAAAACAGUUUCCAUUCCCCCAAUGCUAACUAAACCCGAAUUUGUAGAAAAACAAAGAGAUGAGAAAGAAAUUAAAGAAUCUCAGGAAAGCCUUACAAACUCUCAUGAGGAAAUUUCCAGAAAGCAGAGUUUCUCUUUGUCUAUAAUAGAUAUAAUCGAUGAAAACUUCCCUACCGUUGAGGAUAAGGAAACAAAGCCAGACUUUAAACCUAACACCUCAUUUCUAUGGAAUAGAAACCUUUCAAAACCGUAUGAAGAUAUUGAACCCUUCGAUUCUUGUAAUAUCAGUUCGAAAAAUAGGGAAAAAAUACUAAGUCUACCUCUUUUCAAAACACUACCUAAAGAUUUCAAGGAUGUUUCAGAAAAAAACAAGGAUUAUGAAGAUUUAGAUGAUAAUGAUGGUUAUGAACCUUUCGAUCUUAAAACAGACUACGAAGAUGUUACACCCAAAAAGGAAACGCAAGAAGAAGAGGACCAGUAUGAAUUCAUAAAUAACACCAGUGAGAAUAUUUACGAAACACUGCCUUGUACCAGACAAGAUAAGCCACUGCCAAAAACACCUGAGGAAAAACCAGAGGUAUAUCUCGAAACCAAGAAAGAAGAAUCGGCUUCUAAUUGUUACGAAUCCAUCUACAACAACGAGUCAAUUUCUACUCUUCUUAUCGAAGAGAACAACUAUGAGAGUAUUUACUUCCAGGAUAAAAAGGAAAUUUCCGAAAAGGACAUAUCCGGUUCCAUAGUGUCGAGUGAGCAAAAAACUAAUAGUUUAUACGGAACAAGUUUAAGAAGUUGGAACGAUGAAACUAUUUACAACGGUAGUGCCACGAGUGAUAUCAGUUUUAGUGAUAAAAGUGAGUGGGUUGAUGUCAGUGAGAAUGAAUAUGAGGGAGGAUCAAAAAUCUUUAUUAUCAAGGAGGCUGUUAAGUCCAAGAAGAACACAACAUGGUCUGAGCAAUACCGACAACAUUGGAACAAAACUACAAAAGCAGAAUAUGCUAAAGGAGCUGACAGCGAUUCUGAUCAUCAUUAUGAAACUCUAAAGAAUUCAGAAAAUGGAGAGUCAGAAGUUUGUUAUGAUUCUUUCGCCAGCGAUACAGACUCAGAUGAUUCCUUCGAAAAUUUGGAAAAUGAAGAGAAUAACGGUAAUUUUCCUCUUCCUCCUGCUCCAAAUUCCAAUGAUGUACUCACAAGAUUGAGUAGGCACGUCAGGAGAUUCACAAAAAACCUGUCGAUGACUACAAACGACCUGUCCAAGUCACUCACAAGGAUCACUAGGAGGAAAUCGAAAAACGACGUCAACGAAACAACAGUCGAGAAUAACUACGUCAACGUAAGAGAGGGGGUGCCUGCCACAACACCCACGUCAGAGAUGAAUUGUAUCACUAACACCGAGGACGAGAACAACGAGAAGAACAAGAAUCUGAAUAGGAAAGGCUUUCUGAAUAAGAUCAGAAGAAGCAUCAUCAUGUCCGCGGAGCAGGCCAAUGAGAUAACGUCCAAUAUCAAGGGAAAGAGCACCUUUUACUUGACUCCAACUAUAAACAUCGACGAUGAAGAGGGCGACAAAAAAAUGGAGGAUGACAGCGGGAUAUCUUUAUCGCCUAUCGAUAGAAAUCCGAGGAGCAGAUUGGUCAGGCCACAAGAACCCCCACCACCUGCUCCUAUUCCAUCUUUGAAUGAAGAUCUGAAGAAAUUGUUCAAGGACAAAAGAAGCACAUCUUGGUACGCUGAAGUUAAUCUCUGCACAAACGCGGACAUAAAAAACCAGAAGGACAAGCGCUCAAAAACCUUUUGGUAUGAUGAAAUAGGUCUUUACCAGAAUUCGACUAGUACACCUAGCACCAGCUCAGCAGAAAACAGCGGUACCAAUACUAAUGUGACCAUAAGAUCCCUGAGUUCUCCUACUAUGAAUAAUGGCAACCAACAAGCAGGCGAAAAGUACUAUAAUCUGAAAAACGAAAAUAAUUAUUACAACGAGAGUGUAACUAGUCAAAACAGUAAUGGAAACAAGACUGACGUCUCAUUAAAUAGUCUCUCAGGUGAUGAUAUACAGAUGAGACUUCAGAAUGAGCCUUUGUACCAGUUUUAUGAUGCAGCAGUUUUAGAGUAUGCAUGCCAUAAUGGCAUCUCAGACAUGGAUUCAGAUAAUUACGAAGAUGUUGAAAAAAAAUCUAGCACAGAGCUAAUUCCACCACCAAGACCUUCUGCUAUGGAACUGGUGAGUUCUAAGAGAAAGACUUUAGCCUUCACAAAAACUCUUUGGUGCCAAAUUCCAGAAGUGUUACAGUCAUCUGUUUUGAGUACUUUGAGUUCACACCAGAAGAAGUUACAAGAAGCCAAGUUCGAAAUGGUAACUUCUGAAGCAUCUUACCUAAAUUCUCUCAAUGUCCUCAAUGACCACUUCAUCAAGAACCUGAAGAUAACCUUGACUGAUUCCGAAUUCGAUAUGCUGUUUGGUAAAAUUGAAGCUGUUAGACGUAGUUCAGACAGUCUGAUUUUAGAUUUAGAGAAAUGUUGGCAAGACAAUAUUCUGCUACAUGGAGUCUGUGAUAUUAUACAAAAACACGCCGAAGAAGACUUUUCUGUUUACAUUCCAUAUUGUGAAAACCACACAAUGCUAGAACAAUUGAUGAAGAAAUUGAGGGAACGAAUAUAUUUCUCCGAUACAUUGAAACAAUUAGAAGCUAGUCCAGUUUGUCAAUGUUUGUCUCUUUAUUCAUUCCUGAUGUUACCAAUGCAACGAAUUACGAGAUGGCCUUUACUCCUAGAUGCAGUUCUGAAGAGAUUAGAACAACACGACCCAGAGUAUCUAACUUGUCAAUAUCUCCUGGCAACUAUUAACAAGAUUGUCAACCGGUGUAAUGAAGCUGCAAGAAGCAAAGAACGUGAAAGAGAAAUGUUGGAAAUCCAGUCCAAAAUGGAAUUUGGAAAAGGUGUAUCCUCUAUAGAUAUAGCAAUUCCCAACAGGUGGUUGGUAAGAUCAGGGUCUGUUAUCCACAUGUUGCCAAAAAGCGAAGAAAUCAAGCUUACUUUCGGAAAGAAAUUCUCGAAAACCACUUUACAUUUGUUUUUGUUCAACGAUCUUCUUAUUGUUGCCAAAUCGAAAGGUGAUGGUUUCUACACAGUAUUGCACUAUUGUUCGAGAAAUUUCACGGAACUGAGUACUUCAGAACAACUUUUAUCUCUACCAGGAAAGGAUAUGACAGGAAAACAUUUGUUUUUCUUGACGCUCUUGGAAAAUCAGAACAGAAAGACUGUUGAAUUUUUGCUGUCAUGUAGUAGCGAAAGUGAUAAGCAAAGAUGGAUAGAAGCACUGUCACCUCCAAAAUCUGAAGAUCCUGAUGAGGUUUUGUACGAGUGCUGGGAUUGUCCACAAGUAACUGUGAUUCAUAACUAUAAUGCUGAACAACCUGACGAAUUGAACCUGUCCAAAGGAGACGUAAUCAAUGUAUCAAGAAAAAUGGCAGAUGGAUGGUAUCAGGGUGAAAGAAUAAGAGAUGGAGAAACAGGCUGGUUUCCAGCUAAUUACACAAUAGAAAUAGCGAAUCCCCACCUUAGGGCAAGGAAUUUGAAACAGAGAUAUAGAUUGCUAACAUAUUCUGAGAAUUAUCUGAAGAAUAAAUCAUAGUCAAUGUAAUUUUUAAAUAGGAAACUUGUGAUAUUAUAUUUUUAUUUCUUUAUGUGUACCUAUAUUCAAUGAUUCAUUGUUGUGUAAAUUGUCCAAGAAAACAUAUAUUUUCUAUUUA